UCAACCAACUUCACUUAUAUUGGCAAAGAAAAAGGUUCGAAGGUUAUAAAAGUGAAAAUUUGUUUCUUUUAAAUAAUAAUAUAGUAAUGAACUUUGUUUGGUUUUUGAAAAUAUUUGACAUUUAUCUGUGAAGAUUUAAAUAUAAUAAAAAAAACAAUGAAUUUAACUGAUGGAGCAGGAUUUGCGUCACGUUAUGAAGUUGUAUUACUCGUCGCGAGAUUUUCCUUCGUUGCGGCAAUUGGAUUUUUCAGCAUGCGAUGGAUUAUGAAUCAAUUGGAUCCUACUACACAAGCUAAAAAACAGGCUAAAAAAAAGGCACAGGAACAAUUACGACGACUUGCAGAGUCGGACAAUGUUCUUACUGUUGACAGUGAGAAUUUAACCGAUUAUGAAAUGACAAUAGCUAGUCAUUUAGUCGAUCCAAAUGAUAUUAAAGUAUCCUGGCAGAGUAUAGCGGGUCUUGAAAAUGUUAUUCAAGAAUUUAAAGAAACUGUGAUACUACCAAUUCAAAGAAAAGAACUUUUUGAAGAUUCACAAUUAACUCAAGCACCAAAGGGCGUAUUGUUACAUGGACCGCCAGGUUGUGGAAAAACAAUGAUUGCAAAAGCAACAGCACGUGAGGCUAAAACACGAUUUAUAAAUUUGGAUGUUAGCAUUCUCACUGACAAAUGGUAUGGAGAAAGUCAAAAAUUAACGUCUGCUGUAUUUUCACUUGCUGUGAAAAUUCAACCAUGCAUUAUUUUCAUCGAUGAAAUAGAUUCAUUUCUUAGAUUUCGUAAUUCACAAGAUCAUGAGGCGACAGCAAUGAUGAAAGCCCAAUUUAUGUCAUUGUGGGAUGGUUUAAUUACCGAUCCAUCUUGUACAAUUAUUAUUAUGGGUGCAACAAAUAGGCCACAAGAUUUAGAUAGAGCAAUUUUAAGACGCAUGCCCGCUACUUUUCAUAUUGGAUUGCCAGAGGAGCAACAACGGAAAAAAAUAUUACACUUAAUUUUAGAUACCGAACCAAUUUCUGAAGAUGUGGAUAUUUUAAAACUAUCAAAAAUGACUGAUGGAUUUUCUGGAUCUGAUUUACAAGAACUUUGCAGAAAUGCAUCAGUUUAUCGCGUUCGUGAUUAUCUAAGAAAUCAUACGUUAGAAUCGAACACGUCGCAAGGUACAAAUACGGAUGAUGAAGAAUAUCACGAUGCAGUGCGUCCAAUAACAAUGGAUGAUCUUUUAACAUCUUUGAAAAAAAUGAAAACAUCGAAAAUUCAAACAAGCGGUCUACCCAUGACUAAAUUGGAUUUAGACUAAAUGAAUUGGUAGUUAAAAUAUUUAUAUAGUCUAUAAAUGCGGUUUUUUUUACGAGAGAGAGAGAAGGUAAUGAAUUUUUUUUUUUAUCGGAAUGAUAAAAGGAUAUAAAUUGUAGUGAGAAUUGAUAAUUAAAAAUCAAACGAUAAAACAUUUCAAAGAAAUGAUUUUUGCUUUUAAUAAGUAGUACUAAAUUUAAUAAUACUAAAUUCUUUUUUUAUUUUAUUAAAAAUAUUCAUUUUAUUGAAAGUACAAAGUAAAUUUAAUUUCUUUAAAAAAAAUAUUCACUGUAUUAAAGUCGAAUCCAUUUUUUUAUAAUAGAAUUUAAAUUUAAUACCUAUAAUUCAUGAAGUGAAUGUAUAAAAAAAGGUAAAUUAAACAAUAGGUAUUGCUGUUAAUUAGAUUUUUUUUAAAUAAAAUAAAUUAAGUAACGCAACAAAUCUAGGUAUUAUUAAAAUCAAAAUUGUAAACAAACAUACACAAAUAUUAAGUGUUUAAGAAAAUAAAUGCACAUAUAAUAUCAAAAACCAAAUGAAUCUGUAAAUAUUAGAUCUGUAUGUAAAUACUUCUUAAUAACAUAAAUGUAAGUAAAAAAUAAUUCAUAUAAAUUAUGUAAGAUUCAACAAGAAAAAAAAAUUGUUACUAUAUUAAAUGUCUUUCUCAUUAAUUCAAAAAUAAAAUUAUUUCAUUAUCACUAAAAUCAAA